AAAUCAUCCAAUCGUGGCUACGUUUAUUCGUCAAACCAGGAAGUGUUCGCUUGAACGGACCAAUAGCAGCAGGGGGCUGGGCUUGCGGAUACUUUCUGAGUUUGUGAGAGAGUUUAAAGAAAGAAGAAAGAGACGUAACUGAAGCUAGCUCGCAGGCUAGCUGAAUGUCCUACCGUGUCGCAGAUGUGUCGAAAGCAACGGGAAAGGACGGAAUGUGGGGGGUUGGAUAUAUAAAGCUGGGAAUGGGGUUGUUUGUAAGUAACGCGGUUAUUGGACCGAUCGUUUCGGUAACAGUGGAAGCAGCGCUGACCGAGCACAACACUCGAGACGACUGUCAGGCCAGCAGUUGCCAUCCAUGUCUGUGUGUAUGAGAGAGAAGCACAGACCGCUUGUCUCUUCAUCCUGUGUACUUGCAUUCCCUGGCAGCCUUCACUGAGUCUAAAAUGCCAUGAGGAAGGCUGUCCCAGUGUGUAACAAAACUCGGUCUCUGCUGUGUUGAUUAUCAGACAGACGCCUAUCAUGCCUUUUCUCCUGGGGUUUAGACAGAACCGGCUGUCUUGUGUAGGAGUUAACAACCAGAGCUACUUCUGUGAUUCGGGCCACUGCUGUGGAGAAUCUCAGUGUUGCAGCUAUUACUACGAGGUGUGGUGGUUUUGGUUGGUUCUGACUCUCAUCGUCAUUCUGGGCUGCUGCUGUGUGUGUCACCACCGUCGAGCCAAACACAGACUGCAACAACAGCAGCGGCAGCAUGAGAUCAACCUCAUCGCUUACAGAGAAGCCCAUAAUUACACUUCUCUACCCUUCUAUUUCAGGUUCCUGCCUGGCUACCUCUUACCCGCAUAUGAGGAAGUCGAGAACAGACCUCCGACGCCCCCGCCUCCGUACAGUGCCUCUCAGCCAGGCCAAUCCACCAGCACUGACCCUCUGUGCUCUGAACAACUAGAUGAGCUCUGCCCUCCACCGGAGUCCAGCCCCGUCGUCCCGUCUGCAUCUGACAACUGUUCCCUGGGACCCUGCGUAGAGCAGCCACAUACUCCCACUGUACACCGCCCUGUCAGAAACACCCACAAACCACAGUACCUCAGCCGAGAAGAGGACGGGCAGCCCCUGCAGGUGGCGUGUGCAACCUCACACAGCCCCAUCAAACAGGGCAGCUCCAACGAGGAUCUAACUGAACCCAUAGAAGACUCUUCUCCCGACAGCAAAGAAAAGACUCCAGGACGCCACCGGCGCUUCACAGGUGACUCUGGGAUUGAGGUAUGCGUUUGCAACCAGGGGCCCGGGGACGGAGAGGAAGAGGAGGAGAUGAAAGAGCUUGUUGGGCACAUGGAUGGAGGGGUGCUAGAGCAGCAGGACUUCUGUGAUAGCUGCAACCCCCACAGCAGCAGCCGCCCUCCUCGUGGUCCGGGGGAUGAGGAACAGGGCCUGGCUGCCUCAGAUGUGCCUCUAGAGCAAAGAGAGCAUCAGCGACCUCCAGUCUGCCUCCAUUUGCACACCAUCAAUGAACAGGACGGUCCGCAUCACGCCAACAACACAGACCCCCAGAGUUGAGCACAACUGGUUCCAGCAGAGACUUACUUUAUACUGCUGUCUCCCUUUACUUUCUCAAGAUACAUCAGUUUGUACUGUCAGCAAUGUCACUUUGGGUGUACUUGGGUGUGUGUGUGUGAGUGAGAGUUUUAAAAGGGUGUUAAUGUGUGAGUCCUUACGGUUUUUAUGGAUUAAUAGGGUAAUCUAGUAAAGAUGUUAAUAGGUCUGCUGCCUCACAGAGAGGUCACGAUCAAAGCCACAGGGGAAAUUCUCUUCAGUUUAUAGCCUUAUUGAGCUUGUUGGGGGGUUUUUUUGUCUGUUUUUGGGGGCUGAUUGCCUCCUACUGAGAUGAAGAUGGCACUCAAGGUUGGGGAAUACUUGCUUUUGCUCUUGAAUUCUUUAAUAACAAAAAUGAGAGAUCUGUCCUUAUUUAGUCACUGUCAUGGUGCUCCAAAUGCACAAGACUUUUGUUUAUCUUUAAAACACAAAGAUAUUUUUAAUAAAACCCAAGAGAUCCAUUUUUUAAAAGUCUAUUCCACUAAAAGUUGAUGCUUCAAAAAGUUAAAGAUUGUCAAAUAAAUCCAUAUGCUUAUACAUAGAGCACAUCAAAUAUGGUAAACAAAAGAUGAAACAAACGUGAUGCACGCGAACCAGUGAUGUUUCUUCUUACACAGCAAGCAAGUACAGUUGAACUUCUGUUUCUGUGUGUUCCCUGAUCAGUGUUUAUAUGUGAAUAAAAGCUUAAACAAAUGGCAAAGAAGGUACAGAAAUUAUGCAGGUUUGAUUAAAAGAUUUCAAAGACAAAGUUUUCAGUGAUAUGAAGUUGAGUAAUUGACAACAGAAUUAGCUUUUUCAGUGAUUUAAGAAUGAAAAAAAAAGGAAAAGAUGGCCACAGAGCUGUCUGUUAAUACUUCAGAGCUUUAAUAUUCAGUUGUUGUUUCUUGUUUUUAUUUCUUGUCUUUUUUUCUUAAAAUGUUUGAUCUGGAGUAUCUGCAUGAUGCUAUUCAGAAAAAUGAAGGAAAGUAAUUAUCUCAAAUAUAUAUAUAUAUAUAUAUUUUUUUUUUUUUUUGUCUUUUUGUGAACAUGCUCCCUAUCUAGCAGGGUAUGUUUGCCAUUUCGGGGUUUUUUUUUGUCUCCAUUGUAAAACAUGGUCUUGGGCUUUAUCCAAUUUUUUGCAUGAUUAUUUGCAUAAACUGAAUAGACCCACAUGCUAUAUAGUAGUACAUUUUGAAGUUCAUUAUGCAAAGACUCUUUAAAUGAAAGCUGAAAAUACCUUUGUAUAUAGACAGAACCCAGCUUGUACAUUUACACUAGGUGCCUUUGUUGAUUUGAGUAGUUUUCAUAUGCCUUAAAGAGAAGAGUGUGUGUUGUAGAAUUUCAGCAUAAAAUAAUUAAGGGCCAGUAUGAGUAAGGAUUUUGGUCAGUGGUAACUUCUUGUUUGAAAGGAUCACUUGAUAAGCCUUCCAUCGAAACAUAUCAUUUAAAUAUCUUUGUUUUUUGCCUUAAUUUAAUUUCUGUAUUCUCCCAUAGUGCUUUUAAGUUGUUUUGGUAUCUUAACACUGUAAGGGAACUCUUGCACCACUAACAGUAACUUAUGUUUAGGCCUUAUUAUGCUUUUAAUGUGCAUUUUAUUGUAGCAGAUCAGGUAAGGUUACUGUCAUGUUAGUGUAGCAGUUAUGUCGGGUUAAUGAUGAGAUUGAGAUUUGUUUUUCUGUGGCGGUGAGACUGUCCAAAGCUGCUCCACUGCAUUCCCUACACUGUCUGUGUGAGUGUGUGUUUGUGUCAUUGUAGGUUCCUUUAAGUGGAUCGUUCUUCAGCCCACUGUGUUUGUUUGACCUUUGGUUUGGAUUAGCAGUUAGCUGUCCUAUAAUAGUCUUAGCUUGGGCACAGAUGGCUUUUCAGCCCUGUUGAUCUUCAGAUCAGAGUGUUUCUCUGUAAAUGGUGGCUAAUUUUCUUUCAAAUGUGAUGUGGCUGGUAAUUUAGGUUCCUAUAGCGUAUUGGCUGGAAAAACCGGUUUGGGAGGCAGAUUCCAACAUUGACGUGUAGUGCCUUCAGAAAUAUUUAUGUAGCAGUAUUGUUUGGCCAAACCUAAUACUGAGCAUUUUGAAUGAUUUGGAACAGUUAUAGCAGCAUAACAUUUGACCGAUUAAGUUAAAGCUUGAAGCUACAAAAUCAGUUAGGAGAACAAGUCAUCUGUCGCAGUAAUGGUGCUCAUGUUAUUCCAACAUUGUUUUCUAUCUUCCUUUAAUGUUUGAGACCAAAGGUAUUGAUUAAAAGUGGAAAUUUGAGUCACUAUGUUGGCUAGCUCACCGUGAAUGAGAUGUGUUCAUUCAUUUUGUCAUUGCACUGUUUUGACACUGAGCAGUGAGUGUGUUUGUGUCCUUGAAGGUGACGAAGGCUUUGCAAGCCAAUUGGUUUUUGUUUUUUUGUUUUUCUUUCUCUUAAGCUUUGAUUCAAGCCUGGUACUACGUUUUAGCUUUGUAUACAUAGUCACUUUCUUUUUAUAUAUAAAACUGUAUUUUCCGCAUUUUAUAAGAAGACUCAUCCAAAUUAAUGAGUAUCAAAGAAUGUUCCAUAUGAAUAAAAAAAAAAAAGCUGUUAAA